UCAGGUACGCUCUGCCUGCUGCCAUCAGUGUCCCUGCUCUCCACUUAGUCGUCAAGAGUCGUGGUACGGGAGGUACUCGGUGUCAGUGGAUGCGAGUUGUGAGGCAUGGCAUGCAGGUUGUGAUGACCUUGAAGACUGGGAACAUACAACACGAGGCAUCUGGUAUUGUUGUGCUUGCACUUGGUGGGGAGUGCUGUGGUGGGGAUAACGGUCGGACACGUGGAGGGGUAGCAAAAAUGCUUGGCGACGUUUUCCCUACCGGACCCCUGUCGUCAUGUUGAAAGUCGUGACUGGGUGCCUCACCAAUACACCAGCAAGAUGGAGUACGACACCUUCUCAGCACCGCAGUACAGUACCAACGACGCGACCUCGUUUGCCCACACUUCGGCGCGCUCGCGUUGGCCCAUCAUCAUCACUCAAGGCAUUGACGACGUGCACCGCUCCCUGCACGACACCAAAGAUGAGACGGCCAUCACAGAAGGCAAACAGGUUGUUGCAGAGCUCGCCAAGCUGAAGUACGAGCUCCAGCACGACCGUGAGCUCACUCCCAUUGCCGAUGAUGGCGAGCGCGACGUCGAGGCAUACAACAAGGAACUGGCAGCAAGAGGCAACCCCAAGUGGCACAAUGUGUCUUGGCUUUACGCAGAGUGCUAUCUGUACAGACGCAUCGCAGGCAUCUUUAAGCAGACCACCAAAUGGCGCUCGUACGACAUUUUCGCUCGCCAAAAGAUGGAAACCUUCAAAUCCUCUCGCCCGGCCGUCAUCGAACUUGCCGCGCGCUACAAAGACAUUGUCACCGAGCUCGAGCAGAAGAAGACAAUCAAGGGUGCAGAGUCGCAGGAGCAGCGCGAGGCCGCAGAGAAGGUCCUGUUCACCGAGAUGUGCGAGAUCUGUCUCUGGGGCAAUGCAACGGAUCUGUCCUUGUUGACCAACCUGUCAUACGAGGAUAUCCAGAAACUGCAGGGCUCUGAGGCGCGUAAGAACUCCGAGAAGAACAUCCUGGUCAACGACCUAGACAAGGCUUUUCAGGUGCUCACGUCGGCCCAGAAAGAGGGCAAGAAGGAACGUCGCGUCGACAUCGUGCUUGACAAUGCUGGCUUCGAGCUCUUUGUCGAUCUCAUACUCGCCGGUUAUCUCAUCGCUUCGGGCCUUGCGACAAACGUGGUGUUCCACCCCAAGAACAUUCCAUGGUUUGUGUCAGACGUUCUGCCAGCUGAUUUCGGUGCACUCCUCAUGGCACUAGCCGACCCACAGAGCUUCUACAGCGCGCUAUCGGAAGACGAGAAGCACGCUGGUAAGAAGUCCAUACCGCUGUCUGAGACAGAGAGCGCGAACUUGCAAUUCCUGUUCCAGCAUUGGAGUGGUCUCCACGCAGAAGGCCAAUUGAUGAUGCGACCAAACGACUUCUGGACCGCAGGCGGCAGCUACUGGCGACUUCCCAAGAGCGAACCGGACUUGUACGAGGAUCUCAAGGAGAGCGAACUGGUCAUCUUCAAGGGCGAUCUCAACUAUCGCAAGUUGACUGCUGAUGCUGCUUGGGCUCCUACUACACCCUUCACCGAAGCUAUUGGACCAAUGGGCCCUGGCUCAGGUCUACGUGUCCUUGCGCUCCGCACGUGCAAAGCCGACGUCGUUGUCGGAUUAAAGGACGGCGAAGACGAGCGCAUCAAAGCAUUGGAGGGUGGCGGCGGCGACAGUGGAGCGAGAAAAUGGGCUUGGAGUGGUAAGUGGGCUGUUGUCCAAUUUUCGGACGGAAAGGCCUAGUCGACCAAGAACAUCUGACGUUAUGCACCUGUUUGAGUAUGGAUAGACUAUAAACAUUAAACUUGGACCCGACAGAAGAGAACUAGCUACAUAACGUGAUUGAGCACCGGGCUCUCUUUACCCCACGCCACAUAGAAGCUCUCAGUAAACACCUCUCCUGAUAUCUGCGGCGAUCUGUUGGAGCUCCUCAACAGUUGGUGGCUGCUUGUUGCCUUUCAACAGUUUGAUCUUAGACAGACUCUCCAU